AUGGUUGAAACCAUUGUGCAAUUUGAGUCAGGAUAUAAGCCCCCUUCUUAUCAUGAGUUGAGAGUGCCCUUGCUACAUGAUGAAAAAGCUGAGAUUGAAUGUAUCAAGAAGAAAUAUGAAGAUUAUUGGAAAAGGUACGAGUGCACUCUCAUGUCUGACGGGUGGACUGACAAGAGAGGAAGACAUUUGAUUAAUUUCCUCGUCAAUUGUCCAUUGGGGACUUAUUUUAUGGGCUCUGUAGAUGUAUCUAGUGAGUCUCAAUAUGCAGACAUAUUAUUUCAGAUGCUUGAUAGAAAAAUUGAAGAAAUUGGGGAGGAUAAUGUGGUACAAGUAGUUACAGACAAUGCAGCUAAUUAUGUUGCAGUUGGUAGAAUGUUGAUGCAAAAACGGAGUAAGCUUUAUUGGACUCCUUGUGCAGCUCAUUGUUUGGAUCUCAUGUUAGAGGAUAUUGGCAAGUUGAAAGCUUAUAAAAGAACAACAGAGAGGGAAAAAACAAUAACAAUUUUUAUCUACAGACAUUACAAACUUGCUGAUGUUUUGAGGAAAAAAACAAAUUGGAUAGAUCUGGUGAUGUCUGGAGUUAUAAGAUUUGCUACCUCAUUCUUGACACUACAAAGUUUGUACAAGCACAGGGAUGCCUUGAAGCAAUUAUUUGUAUCUGAUGAUUGGAAUAGUUCUAAGUUGUCCAAGACUGAGGCAGGGGAGCAAGAAGAUGGAGAUUUAGUCCAUUCUGGAGACGAUCUCACAUGGGGAGAUGUUGAUAGAACAGUUGGUGCAUCUACAUCGGUUGGGGGUCGUAAUUUACCUAAGAGGGCUCAAGGAUCAACAAGUGCAGUCAAUAUUUACUACAUACGUCGUGGUAGGGGGAGAGCCACUGUUGAGGAAUGGUCAGAUGAUGAAGUUGAAGAAGAGGUCCACGACGUGCGUGAUGAUGAAGAUAUUGAUGAAGACUUUGGUGAUAGGCCAACUGAUUCUAUGGGCCAGCAACAACAGGAGGGAGAAGAAGUAGAAGUAGAUGUUGAUUUGUUAGCUUGA